AUGAAAUUUGGUUUACAUUUAUUGGCUAAUCUAACACCUGAAUGGAAUUCUCAAUAUAUUCAAUAUGAAUAUAUGAAAGAAUUACUUAAUAAAGUAGUUGCACAAGCACCCGUAGUAAUCGAUGAUGAUGAUGAUAGAAAUUCAGCACGUGAACGAUAUUUUCGUCGUGCUGAUGAUGCUUUUUUCGAAUAUUGUGAUAAACAAUUAACCAAAAUUAAUACUUUCUUUGCUGAAAAAUUGGCCGAAGCACUGAGGCGUUUUGCUACUCUCAAAGAUGAGAUCAAGUACAGAGAAUCAAUAUAUGGUGAUGCUGCUUCACGUAAAGUGUUAUCUGCUGGUAUUAUUCAAAGAAGAAAUAAAGUUACCCAUUCUAAUAAUGAUACAACUUUAACGACAACUCGUACUCCACGACCAAGUUUGAUGAUGCCUCUCAGUCGCAUUCUGCCCGAUCGAUUAGUAAAAAAUGAUGAUAAAGAAAAUAAACGACCUACGGAUCAUAUUAAUACAAAUAGUUUGAAAGCGGCAUUUAGUGAAUAUUAUCUAAUGUUGAUUUUAUUACAAAAAUUUCAAUUACUCAAUUUUACAGGAUUUCGUAAAAUAUUAAAAAAACAUGACAAACUAUUUGAAACAACACGUGGUGAGGAAUGGCGAACAUUAAAUGUUGAUACGGCAACAUUUUAUACAUCGAAAUCAGUAACAGAACUUAUUGGAGAUGUUGAAACAAUUUAUACAAAUGCAUUCGAAUCAGGUGAUCGACCACGUGCAAUGAAACGUUUACGAGUUCCACCACUUGAAGAAAAACAAUCACCUAUAGUAACAUUUCGACUUGGAAUCUUUAUUGGAAUGAUCUGUGUUUUAUUACCAAUGGUAAUUAUUCUUAUUGCUGUUCUCAAUACAAGUCAAUCAGGAAAUGCAUUAGCAUGGCGUGAAGCUCUUCAUCUUUAUCGUUCAUCAUUUUUAAUAAUUCUUCAAAUAACACUUGCUGGUAUAAAUGUUUAUGGAUGGUCAUCAGCAGGUGUUAAUCAUAUUCUUAUAUUUGAAAUUGAUCCACGUGAACAUUUAACUUAUCAACAAUUACUUGAAAUAGGAACAUAUUUAUGUGUUUUAUGGUGUCUUAGUUUCAUAACAUUUAUUGUUCAAUCUUAUUUUGAUUUUUAUCCAUUUAUUCAACCACUUAUUUUUCUUGUACUUAUGAUUCUUUUUCUCAUUAAUCCAUUCCCAAUACUUGCUCGUCCAGCUCGUUAUUGGCUUAUAAGAACAUUAGGAUUAGUUGUUUCAGCAGCUUUUCAUCGUAUUCGUUUCGCUGAUAAUUGGCUUUGUAAUCAACUUUCAUCAGUUGAAUUAGCUUUUUUUGAUCUUGAAUUUUUUUGUUGUUUUUAUUUUUCGGAUCGUGAAUGGUGGUCAACAAAUUUAUCUAAACCCUCAUCACCUACUGGUACAUUUUGUUCAAGUUGGACAAGAUUUCUUUUACAAGCAUUUUUAUUAGCAUUACCAUCUUCACUUCGUUUUACUCAAUGUGUAAGAAGAUAUUAUGAUACAAAACAAGCAUAUCCACAUCUUGUUAAUGCUGGAAAAUAUUCUGCAAGUCUUGUUGUAGCAAUGACAAAUUCACUUCGACGUGCAAGUAUUGCAUUGAAUAAAUAUUAUUCAGAUAAUCCAACAAAAAAUCCAUUUCUCUAUAUAUGGGUUGUGACUGCACUUGUUAAUUCAACCUAUAAAGUUAUAUGGGAUAUUAAAAUGGAUUGGGGUUUAUUUCAUAAAAAUGCAGGUGAAAAUAAAUUUUUACGUGAUCAUAUUAUUUAUUCAUCAAAGAAAUAUUAUUAUUAUGCUAUUAUUCAAGAUAUUGUUCUUCGAUAUAGUUGGACAAUAAAUAUCUUUAUACAAUUUAAAUCGGGAUUAGCUGAAUAUUCUGAUGUCAUUGGUUUUUCUUUUGGUUUAGUUGAAUUGAUUCGUCGAUUUUCUUGGAAUUUUUUUCGAUUAGAAAAUGAACAUUUGAAUAAUUGUGGUAGAUAUCGUGCAGUACGAGAUAUUUCAAUAAAACCCAUUACAACUGGUAUUGAUUUUACAUUGAUCGACUCGAAACUAAGUAGAGAACCAGGUAUUCGAUAUCGAGGUAGAGUAACACGACUUCAAACAAUUAUUGACGAUGAGAAUAUGGCAACAACUGAUGAUACAACAAUGAAUGAAUUAGAAACUAAUAUAGCAGAUUUUGUCAAAAAUCAGACAGCAACAUCAAAUACUGUAGUAGUACCAGAUAUGAACGAAAUCAACAAAACCUUGACUGAUAUUCGUUCAAGAACAAGUCAUUCAUUCACAGAUGCAGAUGAUUAUUGUGAUUCACCAAAUCCAAACAGACUUGAGCAUCGUGCAACAUCUGUUUAA